UGAUGCUAGAGAACUACAGGAACUUGGUCUCACUGGGGAAUCAGCUUUCCGAACCAAAUGUGACUUCUUAGCUGAAACGAGAAGGACUGAGCUUGAUGCCAAAAGAACUUCCAGGGUAUAUCUCUGCAGACUGGGAGGCAAGACUUGAAUCCAAAGAGUCAACUCCAGAGCCCAUCAUUACUGAAGAUUUAUCCUAUUGGGUAAUAAUGGAAAAGGAAGGUCUCUGGCAUUCUUCUUUAAGGGAAACCUGGGCACCUGAUAAUUGAUUAGAGGGCCAACAGAAAAACCAGGAUAGACAUCUGGGUCAAGUGGCAGUUACCCAUAAGGGAAAUCACACGGAGAGGAGGGUAUGUAGAGGUAAUGAAUUUGAAAGAUGUUCCAAUCAGGGUUCAAUCAUUGAUAUACAACAAAGUACUCCUAUGGGGAAAAGGCCCUGUUAUCAGAAUUCACAUGGAAAAGAUAAACAAAAUUCUGAAUUAAUUAAGAUUCAAAGAAUGUUUGUAGGGAAGAAAAUGUAUGAAUGUAAUGAAUGCAGGAAAGCCUUCAGCCAGAGCUCAUCCCUUCUUAAGCACCAGAGGAUUCAUACUGGGGAGAAGCCCUAUAAGUGCAAUGUAUGUGGGAAGCACUUCACUGAACGUUCCUCUCUUACUGUACAUCAAAGAAUUCAUACUGGAGAGAAACCCUACAAAUGUAAUGAAUGUGGCAAAACCUUCAGUCAAAGCAUGAACCUUACUGUUCAUCAAAGAACUCAUACUGGAGAAAAACCCUAUCAGUGUAAAGAGUGUGGAAAAGCUUUCCGAAAGAAUUCAUCCCUUAUUCAACAUGAAAGGAUUCAUACUGGUGAGAAACCCUACAAAUGUAAUGAAUGUGGGAAAGCUUUUACCCAAAGUAUGAAUCUCACAGUGCAUCAAAGAACUCAUACAGGAGAAAAACCCUAUGAAUGUAAUGAAUGUGGGAAGUCUUUCAGUCAAAGUAUGCACCUUAUUGUACAUCAGAGAAGUCAUACAGGAGAGAAACCCUAUGAGUGUAGUGAAUGUGGAAAAGCCUUCAGUAAGAGCUCAACUCUUACCCUGCAUCAACGAAAUCACACUGGAGAAAAACCCUACAAAUGUAACAAAUGUGGGAAAUCCUUUAGCCAAAGUACAUACCUUAUAGAACAUCAGAGACUUCAUUCUGGAGUAAAACCUUUUGAAUGUAAUCAGUGUGGAAAAGCUUUCAGUAAGAAUUCAUCUCUUACUCAGCAUCGGAGGAUUCAUACUGGGGAGAAGCCUUAUGAGUGUAUCAUUUGUGGAAAGCAUUUUACUGGACGAUCAUCGCUUACUGUACAUCGGGUUAUUCACACUGGAGAGAAACCUUAUGAAUGCAAUGAAUGUGGAAAGGCCUUCAGCCAGAGUGCAUACCUUAUUGAGCAUCAAAGAAUUCAUACUGGUGAGAAACCCUAUGAAUGUGAUCAGUGUGGUAAAGCCUUCAUUAAGAAUUCAUCCCUUGUAGUGCAUCAGAGAACUCAUACAGGAGAGAAACCCUAUCGGUGUAGUGAAUGUGGGAAAGCCUUUAGUCGGAGUACAAACCUUACACGACAUCAGAGAACUCAUACAUGAGGAAAGUUUUCACUGGGCUCGUUAUGAUGAACUCUUCAGUGAUAAUUAGAUAUAUCAUGUCAUGUAGAAACCAAUAAAUGUAAUGAUUUUAGAAAUCUUUUAGUUGAAGUAUAUUAUACCAUAUCCGAUGAUACAGACCACUGGAGAGGAACCAUAUAAAAGUGGAAAAUCUUGAUUGAAUUAGAAAGUAAAACUUUGCAUCUGAAGGCUUAAGUAUCUGAUAUUUUAAACAAUGAGGAUUCAUGCUGAAGAUAAGUUCUGUCAUGUCAUACUGCAGAUUUUCCUUUGGAUGUCAGAGAUUUCACAUCAGAGAGAAUAUGUGAGAGUGCUUAACUGGACAGCCCAAAGACCUGGUAUGUACUCUGAUCUGUCACUAACUUGGACAAGUCACCAACUUUCACCAGGUCACAGUGCCCUUAUUUGAUAAAUGAGGGAUUUUGGAUUUAGAAGAUCUCCAGGAUCCCUUUUAGCUCUAUAAAGCAACAAAUCUGUAAACAUAA